GGGAGGAAGGUCUUUGGAGGAGAUGUCUGGAGGCGGGUGUCCCGGCACGUCCAAGAGGAAAAGGAAUUGGUGUGCAGAACACUCAUCUUUUCUAGAAGAAAGGUCACAACAGUUGAGAAGAGCACAUUUCAAAACAGUGGAAACAGCUCUCUCUCUCUCUAAAGCAUGGCUCAAGUGUGGAGAAGGAUUUCAGAACGCUUCUGAGUCCCUGCCAUUAACAAGUGAAAAGACAGCUGUUACCGAAAAACAUGUCGAAUUAUCUCCAAGACCAAAGAAAGAAACAAGUAAGAGUGCUAGUGAGCUUGUAGAUAUAACAUGGAGUUCGAGUGAAAGUGAUUUCUCAGAUGAAGAAAAGGUAGCCCCUGAAUUACAGAGAGAUGGUACACAUGGCUGUAGAGCAGACAGGACUCUGUUAUGUCCAGAAGAUGGAGCCACUGAAGAUGAAUUACAGUUUAUUGACUGGGAGAUUAACAGUGACACAGAAGAUCCUAGGGAACCUAGUGAGUGUGAAGAUGGUGAUGGGGCCGUGGACAUCUCGGAUUAUGCUUCUUGUGCAAGUGGUCAUUCUUUGACAAAUGAUGACAGGCUAUCUGAGCCAAUUUCUACAGAAAUUUUGGAGUAUUCAUCAGAUAGUGAAAAAGAAGAUGACCCAGAGAAUGCCCUGGUCAUUGAUUCAGAAUCCCCUCACAAAUACCAGGUGGAUUUUAAAUCAGAUGCAAGACAAUUUUUGGGUAGACAGACUCACUCAGAGCCAAAUUCAGCUGAGCCCAUAUUGAGCACACCCAAGAAGUAUAUGGCCAAGUUUCCAAAGACUCCAGAAAAUUCAGCAACAAAGAAGAAGCUUUUAAGAGGCGGGCUAGCAGAAAGACUACAAGAACUGCAGAAUCGAGAGAGAUCUGCCAUUUCUUUAUGGAGACAUCGAUGUGUUUCUUACCAAAUGACACCUUUAGGCAGAAGAUCUGGAGUAUUAACCGUGAAAAUUCUAGAGCUACAUGAGGAAUGCAGCAUGCAGGUUGCAAUAUGUGAGCAGUUGGCAGGGCCACCAACCACCAGCCUUCCUAAGGAAAUAGCUCCUUGUCUGGGAACAUGUCUGAAGGUUCUCUUUACCAGAGAGACUGCAAACCACCUAAAGGGCCAUCCCCAGGACAUCAUUUACAUCUUCCCUCCUUGGCAAAAACUUUUCAUUCCAAAUGGAAGUUACUCUGUUAUUCUGAAUACUUAUUUUUGUCAGAAAGCUAUUGCAAAUGAAACAGUUCAUGAAAUAGUAUACAGUCAGGACACAGCUCUUCCAAGAAGAUAUAUAACUUUGGCGCAGAUGUUUAGAAUUAAGGACAUACCAAACAGUUCUUCCAGCAGUCAGAUGAUAUGUGGUAGCCUGGCUGCCACUAGCACAAGCUUGACCCACGGGCAUGACAAGACAGAGCAACAUCUUGUGGUUGGUGCUCCCCUGAGGGAGUCUCUUCUGGACAUUGUGGAAAGCCAAAGAGCUGGCCUGUGGUCUGAAAUUGGGGUCCGAGUAGUAGUGCAGAGGGCCUACUCCCUUCUCAGUAGAGAUGGUGCCAGGAACCAUCAAGGGCACAGAGUGGGGCAUGCAGAUUCACCUGGAGCAUGGUCCUGCCUGCUAGUGCAGGAUGCCUGUGGGAUGUUCGGGGAAGUAUACUUGGACAGCACCUUCUGGAAGAACAGACCAUUAGAAGGCAGGGUCUGCAGCAUGUCAGGAAUGAAGGUUCUACAGAAGGCUACAAGAGCAAGAACACCAGGGCUUUUCAGUUUAAUUGACACUAUGUGGCCCCCAGUGAUACCUCUGAUCGAGCCUUCCUGUACCCAUCCCAGUGAAGAGAUAAAGACUCAUCUGCCUCCUCCUUUCUUCUGUUAUAUCUUCUCUGCACAUCCGAGUCUGGGACAAAUUGAUGCAAUUGAAGGAGACCCCAUUUCUAAGCUUUACCAGCCUCCAGUUGUCCACUGCUUAAGAGAAAUCCUCCAGACUGAUGAGCAUGGUACCUGUUGCAGUUUCUAUGCCAGAGUGAUUUAUCAAAGACCACAGGUAAUAUCUCUAUCUCCUU